AUGCCCGCGCCGUCGCGGAGCCCGUCGAGGCAGGACUCGCCGCGCGUGUGUCCCCAGGCGGUUGGGGUGGGCGGCAACCGUUUCGCGACUUCGCGCUCGCUGUCAGAUCGUCUCUCGCAUGCGGACGACAUGCACACCCACGGAAGGCCCUCUGACAGUGAAGAGCGCCGCGGUGGGGAGCACGCGCGCCUCCUCGAAGAGGGACUUCGGUGCGCCGCCUCCUGCGAAGAUGGCCUCAGCCUCUCGAGAAGCGGCGGAAAAGACGGCAGGCUGCUCAUGCCGCGUUGGGCUGGCGACGGCGCGGAAGACCGCUACGACGGCCUCCCCCCCGUCACGCUCAGCUUCCAAGACCUCACAAUGGACAUCGUGAGCCCUGGCGACGGGCCCUUGAAGCGGAGCCUGAAGCAGCUUUUGCAACGCCCAGUGGCGCUGCCAACCAAGCGGCGCAUUCUGUCGAUGGAGGGCAUCCACGGAUGCUUCAUGCCUGGAGACUGCGUGGCGCUGAUGGGGAGCAGCGGCGCAGGGAAGACGACUCUUUUGAACGUGCUGUCGGGUCGAGUGACACGGAACGUCGGAGGCGUCGUCAAGUUCAACGGACACCAGCUCGCGCCAGAAGUCUCGAAGACCAUCAGCUGCUUCGUGCAGCAGGAAGUCAUGUUCUUCGGCGCGCUGACUGUCCAAGAGCAUCUGCAGUACCAAGCCGCGCUGCGUCUGCCUCCGUCAGUGUCGCGCCGCGAGCGUGACGCGACUAUCGCGGCGAUGAUUCAAAAAGUGGGGUUGGCGAAAGUCGCGCAUUCGCGAAUCGGCAACACCUCGCAGAAUCAGAUGAUCGGCGUCUCCGGCGGCGAGCAGCGGCGCCUCGCCGUCGCGACCGAGUUGCUCACGCAGCCCUGCGUGAUUUUCGCAGACGAGCCGACAAGCGGACUCGAUUCCUACAUGGCGAUGCAAGUUGUGAAGCUCUUCAAAGAACUCGCCUCGGCCGGCCGCACCGUCGUCUGCACGAUUCACCAACCGAGCUCGAGUGUCUUUGCGCAGUUCAACAAGGUCGUUUUGAUGUCAGAGGGUCAUAUGCUCUACUGCGGAGACCGCGAAGCCUGCAUCGCCUGGUUUGCGCACCUGGGACAGAUCUGCGAGGCUGAUAUGAACCCCGCGGAGUUCCUUAUGAAAAUCUGCGCGGUGGCGGACGAAAACCGCGAAGCCGCGCUCCAGAGAACCAAAGAAUGGGCGGACCGCUGGAGACUUCAGGGCGCCGUCUUCCUCGAACACUGGGAGACACACGGAGGCAGAGUCGCGGCAUCAUCCGAUCAGCUACACCUUCAGCGUCUCUUCUCGUCUCUGGAGCUGCACGACCGGGCGCCGCAUGCGCUGGAGGGCGGAGGCGAGUCGAGUACUCAGAUUGACCAGGAAGGCGGCGCGGAGCUUUCCGCGCCGCCUAGAAAGCCGUCUGAUCAGCUUGCCCUGGAAGUGAAGCUGAGCGGCCUGAGCAGUCCGCGGAGACGAACGGCGACUUUUGAGUCGCUUCGGCGCUACGGCAGCCAGGCUAACGCCGUGAGCGCCUCUGAGUUGACGAGGCAACUCAGUUCGCGAGCGCAGUCCAUGCUUAAAGGGGGGACGCCUUCGGAGGCGAUGCUUCAUGCGAUGCAGAAAGAUCGCGUCGGAAUUUUUCGAGAAGCGUGGCUCCAAUUCAAGCGAAGCAUCGUCCUGACGAGCCGCGACCCGCUCUCCACUUACGUCAAACUCGUCACAACCCUCAUCUCCGCUCUCAUCCCCGCCUUCCUCUACUUCCGCUUAUCGUGGGAUGGAGCCGACGCGUGGAACAAAGUCUCUUCGUCCUUCUACGUCCUCAUGGGGCAGUCGUCUGCGGCUCUCUUCGGCGUCUCCAUGGCCUUUAACAAGGAGCGACCCAUCAUCCAGAGAGAAUACGAGACAGGCGUCGUGCGAAUGCCGCUGUACUUCCUCGGGCGCGUGACCGCAGACUCGAUUCUCUGGAUGAUUUUCCCCUUCGUGUACCACUUGAUUUUCUACUGGAUCGUCUGCAUCGGCGGCGACUCCGUCGGCAAGUACUUUGCGUCGCUGGCGGUGCUGUUGCUCACGGUUCAGGCAGUGGCAUCGUACUCCUUCGUCGUCGUCUCUGUGGUUACCAACCCGGUAGUUUCCACCGUUGUCGUUCAAAUCCUCCAGAUGAUUCUCUCGCUCUUCUCCGGAUUCAUGGUUAAGCUCGACAAACUGAACAGCUUCUGGGUGUGGCUAGUGUACCUGUCGCCGUUCAAGUACGGGCUGAGUUGCUUCACAGAGAGCAUUUUCAUCGGCGCGACGGUGACUUCCGCGACUGCACCCCCCAUCGACGGCCUAGACUUCCUAAAAGACACCUUUGGCUUCGACUACGACUACUUCUGGCUCUACAUCGCCAUGCUCUUCGUUCUUGGAAUUGGCGCGCGCCUCCUGGGCAUGUGCCUCUUGACAUGGACUGCGCGCCGAACGAAGGAAAAUCAAUGA